ACCAACCUUUCGUCACAGUGUAUACAAUAGUCCUUCCACUCGGGACAGUCGGGCGUCGACUUCAUGCCGUACGGUAGUGGCGUGAAGGCGCUCUCGCCGUUUGUGUCGCGCUGCUGGAGAGCUGCUGGCAAUGCCAUGGUGGUGCCGGCGGACAGGAUUGUGAAGAGGACAAUGAACUUCAUCUUGAUGGGACUAUCGGAAUGAAAGAAGCCCAGGUUCGUGAAUCAGUCUCUGAAGUGAUGGAGCGGUUGAUGGCUAGGCGAGAUGCGCGUGAGGCUUGCUUGUCUGGUUCAAAGACGGGAGUUUAAGAUAGCUACUGGCCAUAGCUAUAUACAACAUGAUUCUCUGAUCCAUGGAAAAGCGAGAUGUCCGAAGCAGUGUUUGGUUGUACACAUCUCCAAGCUGAUAUCUAAGUACAAGUCAUUCGCCAAGCCGGUAGACGAGAACGUGCAAUGUGAUCUUUUCUGUGCGAAGGAACAUCACGAUGGCUUUGGCCUCUCCCUCGUACAGCCGGGGAACGAUUCCGGGCCAAACAUGCUGACAUCUGUGGCAAUAGCAACAUUACAAGCGAGCGAGCUUAGAGCCCAAGAGCGUCAGGUGAGCUUCAAGCUUCACGAUGCUCAACGCCAUGCCUCUCAUCGCUCCGCAUGUGAGGCACAAUGGUUGGCCACGAGUGACGAGGUCGUGCGCUUCGAGGAAACCGCCAGCUUCGGCCCUUUGUGGUACAUGACGGAGCUCGUGGCAGUGGACCGGCUCCCACUGGACAUCCACGUGCGCACAUCCGAAGGGGGCACAGUUUCACAGACGAGGCGAACGCAGUUACAACUUGUUUGCCACAGCUGGUGGAUGCUGAGAGAGCCUUGUACUCCAAUCCGGCCGCCACGUAUCGGAACCCGCGCCCCAGCCACGUGUAGAAGGAUCCGUCGUCCCAGACAUGUGCUACCAUUUGUGCCCAAUUUCGUGCAGGUGAGCUUUGCGAGGGUAAGCUGGUUCAAUGCUAUUACUGUUGCUCCCAAUGGUGUACUAUGCAUGGAUUACCCUGAGCAGGGCCUCGUACGGCGGUCAUGAUGAUAUAACACGACAUUGGCGGCGGACAAGGCGCCCGUGCAAGGUAGCAUUCGCCUAGACACUUGUGGGGUUGCACGACUGGUUCGGUGUGAUACAUACCGCGCGGAAGCCAUCCGGGAGACUUUCGGCGGGCAGGGUCAGGGAAGGGGUUGAUAGAAGAGAUUACAGAAUCUCUUACGUGUUGCGAGGCUGUCGAGAUAUUCCUGCUAAAGCCACGGAUGUGCCUUCUGCAGUACAAUUAGC